AUGAUGCUGGACCAUCAGAAUUUGCGCGCAAGCCUCCAGGUGGCGCCACUCGCCAUCCAGAAGCUUCAAAGCCAUGGAGACUACACUGGCGAGAAUGCCGACCAGCACAACGACUCUACGGGGUUGCCAUAUUCUGCGACACAACCUCGUACUACACCGCCAACAACGCCAAAUACUUCGCAAGAAGCUCUUGUGCAGCAGAUCCAGCCAAUACAACCCGUGUUCCACAACUUCCUACGAGCAUUUUACCCUUUCAACCCAACUGGCGCCAUGAGCGACUCGACAGUCACAUUACCGCUGAACGAAGGCGAUGUUGUCUUGGUACACUCUAUUCACACCAAUGGCUGGGCAGAUGGGACUUUGCUGCUAAACGGUGCUCGUGGAUGGCUUCCCACGAAUUACUGCGAGUCGUACAACCCCGAAGAAAUCCGGAACCUUCUGAAUGCUCUCCUCAAUUUCUGGGACUUGCUUCGAAGCACGGCAACAAACGACCAAGACAUUUUCGGCAACCAAGAAUUCAUGAAGGGAAUAAUCGCGGGUGUGCGAUGCCUUUUGGAGCGGACCCAUUCCCUGACGCGCGAAUCGCCGAUCAUUCAAAGGAGCGAAAUCCUUCGCCGUGGCCGGAAGUCCCUUUUGUCUGAGCUGUCAUCGCUCGUCAAAAUUGCCAAGGCGCUGCAAGAGAUAUUAACCGAGUCGCUACCAGGGGACGAUCACGUCAACGACAUGAUAGAUGAGAUGAUUUUGCGAGCAUUCAAAAUCGUUCUCAAGGGCGUAUGGUUUCUCGACCUGUUGGAAGACGAUCGUCGCUCUCGAGCUACAGCCGCGGUCACAGUAAUGGCAACCGUAUUGGAGGAAUCAGCUGUGCCCCCGACACCGCCCGCAGAUGCCGUGGCUUUCUCGGAUUCUCACAAGGCUCAAAUUGAGGACAAUAACCAGCGUGAUGCUCAGACUUCGGGCCGCGAUGAGAGUAGCUCUCGCGAACAAUCUCAGACGGCCUUGGGACACAGGCGGUUAUCGUCUGUGCGAUCGCUUGCAAAUGCCGGGCGUAGUACGGCACACUCACAACACAGACCUGGCAGCCGUGUGUCGGCGACCAUAUCCCACAGAGUGUCAUUAGCGGGCCUGUCGAGCUCUACCCAGCCUCAGAACCUGAUCUCGGAAAGACUCAACGCGAACCACGACACGUUCCUGUCCUACCUGGGUUCAUUCAUUGGCCGGUUGCAUCUGCAAUCACAGUCCCGGCCCGAGCUUGCAAUGGCUAUCAAGCAGUCCGCCAUCUCCGGUGUGCAGCUAGUCGUGGUAGUCAACGCAGUCAUCGAGCAUAACCCCCUGGUUGCGGAUUCGCUCGACCAAGCUUGCGGCUCGAUGUUGGAUCGCAUUCGAGAUCUGGUGUAUUCUGCGCAGAUGAUUCUUCAGGACAGCGGGCCAGAAAGCGAGGACAUCAUUGUCGCUCAGGACAACUCGCACCUUCUCAGUGCCGCCACCAACUGCGUCAAAGCCGCAGGCGAAUGCGUGGCGAAAACUAAAUGGGCCAUUGAACGAGUUGGCGACUUCGAGGUGAUCUUGGAAGCCGUCGACUAUCAGAGCAUCCUUGAAGUUGACCUCGAGGAAUUGGACACUCUCUAUGAGAGUAAGAGCCGGCCAAGCACGGCUGGGCAUGCAAGCGUGGCUGAGUCCCGGACGUGCGAAUCGAUGAGCGACUCUGUCUCGACCAUGUCCCGUUCAGUAGUACAUGCAGCUGAGAAGCCUCUGCCCGAUAUCCCUGUCUCGCCCUCUGGCGCCACUGAUGAGGUUGUCAAUGUUGAAUCUCCUAUCGAGGAACCGGCGCCUCAGACAGAGCCCGUGGGUGAGCCUGAUGCAGAGAUGCCAACUCAUUCAAUAAGUUCGCGCCAGAGCCUGCCGCCGCUCCCAAGACUCAUCACUUCUGCUCUACCAGACAUGGCACCCAAUGCAACCUUGGAGGACUCGCGCGACAUUGAGGGUCAUGGCUCGUUCCGAUCAGACACAUUUACGGCCUCUAGUUCUGGUACUAACAGUACUUACUUGAGCCGUGACUCCGAGGCAAGCCUCCUCUCGGAGACUUCGACCCGUGCGACAACACCUGACAUCGCUCUUGCACCGAAGCCACAACCAUCUCUGUCAAACCUGAGUGCAGCUGCCAGCUCUAGCGCCAGCGAGGAAGUGGACGACGUAGAGACACGCCUCAUGGAGAAGACAUUUGCGCACGAGCUCAUGUUCAACAAAGAGGGGCAAGUCACUGCUGGAUCACUUCCUGCGCUUGUCGAGCGCCUCACAGCCCAUGAGUCGACACCUGAUGCUGCCUUUGUCUCAACAUUCUACUUGACGUUCCGGCUAUUUUGCACUCCAGUCAAGUUCUCGGAAGCGUUGAUCGAGAGAUUUGACUGCGUGGCUGAGACACCUCACAUCGCCAAUCCCGUACGCCUUCGGGUGUACAAUAUUCUCAAGGGAUGGCUCGAGUCACACUGGAGAUAUGAUUCAGACCAUAUUGCUUUGCCUGCGAUUCAAGCCUUCGCGGAGACCAAGCUGAGCUCUGUGCUGCCUGCGGCUGGCAAGCGACUGAGCGAGCUAGCAACCAAGGUAGCAACUGCCGACUGUGCUUUGGUUCCGCGCUUGGUGUCGUCGAUGGGCAAGACUAGCAGCUCGAUCUCCCAAUAUAUGCCCCCAGACACACCCCUGCCAAACCCGGUCGUGUCACGGAGUCAGCAGGGCCUUUUGAAUAAUUGGAAGGCAGGCGGCACCUUGCCGUCUAUCCUUGACCUCGAACCACUCGAGAUUGCCCGCCAGCUUACGCUCCGGCAAAUGAACAUCUUCUGUGCCAUCCUGCCCGAUGAGCUUCUGGGAUCGCAGUGGAUGAAGAAGGGGGGAGUCGACUCCCCCAACGUCAAGUCUAUGUCCGGCUUUUCGACAGAUCUCUCCAACCUGGUGGCCGAGACCAUCUUGCAGCAUCCCGAAGUAAAGAAGCGCGCAGCUGUCAUCAAGCAGUGGAUCAAGAUUGCGAACCACUGUUUUGAACUGAACAACUAUGAUGGACUCAUGGCCAUCAUCUGCAGCUUGAACAGCUCCAUCAUCAUCAGACUCCGAAAGACCUGGGAUCUGCUCAGCGUCAAGCGUCGUGAGAUGCUCAAAAAGCUCCAAGGCAUUGUCGAACCAGCGAACAACAACAAGGUGUUGCGAGCACGCCUGCAGGGACAUGUUCCUCCCUGCCUGCCAUUCCUUGGCAUGUUCCUGACCGACCUGACAUUCGUCGACAUUGGCAAUCCUGCCACAAAGCAAUUGCCCGGGAACGACUCAAACGAUCGCGGGUUGACUGUGGUCAACUAUGACAAGCACAUGCGCACGGCGCGCAUUAUUGGGGAGCUCCAGCGCUUCCAGAUUCCGUACCGCCUCAGUGAAGUGAGCGACAUCCAGGACUGGCUUCAAGCCCAAGUCGACAGGCUGAAGGAGUCAGACCAGAGCAAUGUUCAAGUGACAUACUAUCGCAAGAGCCUGCUGCUCGAACCCCGGGACACGGCUUCUCGGAUCCCACAGGACGCCACAUCUACUGGCAACAACGCCGCCCCACGGUCAGACUUCCUCGGCUCCAGAUGGCUCUCUCGGAACCAACACAGCAAUGCCACGACCACUUCGUAA